AUGCCCGCAUCCGGCGCGGAUCUUUUCCGCCUCCGGCCCCUCUCCCCAUGGUCGGCGGGUGGUCAGGACAUUUCGACACGUGGCGUGCGGCCAUUCGCGGUUUCCUACCUCCCCGCAUUCAACGCUAACGCUCCACUCACCCUCAUAGCCCGGACCGCGUGUCGAGCGCGGCAGCCCUGCCGAAAUUCACGGAACUCCGCGCGGCUUCUAUUCAUCGCCUCCGCGGAUCGCGCGCGCUCGAACGAGGGGGCGCAGAGAGGGGAGGACUGGGGGAGGGGGAGCGGAAGGUGGGUUGACGGAAGAUGGGGAAGCGGGAGGUGGGAUGAGGGGGGCGACUGGAGGCGGAACCGGUCUUCCCCUCGCUCGGCUGGCGGGGCGCGGAGAGGGGACGACUGGGGGAAGGGGACGGCGGCGGAGGGGCGGAACUGGGCGGGGAGGCGGUGGGGGGGCGCGGAAGAUUGGGGAAGCGGAAGGGUGGGGGGUGGAGGGGGAAGGAGCGAGGGCGGGAGAAACGGCAGGGCGGAAUGGGAGAGGGGGGGCCCUUGGCGGGCCAACUGGGCGGGGCAUUCAGAAGGCAGCAGAAACGAGGGCGGCAGAAUGCCACCACGAUGUUGUCACCCCGAUGUGUCACGCCACCACCAGUCCACCCAGGCGUUUCGAGCCAUUCUGGCUGCCUAUGAGGUGUUAUCAGACGAGCAGCAGCGCCAGCGGUUCGACUUCACCCUGCCACCAGCAGCAGCAGCAGCAGUAGCUGGUGCAACUACUGACACUAGGCCUUUCUGGAACCAACACAGACGUCCCUCCGCCGGUGCUGCAACAUCGGCAGCAGCAGCACCUUCUUACUCCUCUGCCACACCCCCAGAUGGUCCAGGGCUUGUUGCAUGGUUCUUGGGGGGAGUGAGGGGGCUCGUGCUAGUUGUGGGGUUGAGUGCGGUUCAGUGGGUCGCGGGGCCCAUGUUUUGCCAUAGGACGGCGGCGUUGGUGGCGGUGGUGGUGUGGCUGGGAGGGCAGUGCGCGCGUCGCCCCUACUCCGUCCUUCCUCUCGGGCGUCACUCCGCUGCCGCGAAGGUUACAGCAACCUGCGACCUCGCCGGUUCAGGGGGGGAGUGGGCUGCUGCAGGUGGUGGCGAGGAGGGAAACGAGGGAGAGGAGGGAGGGAAGGCACAAGGGUCCCACCUGUUUGAUGUGGAGCGGUGUUGGGGUGAGUAUUGGGACGAAGGGCGGAAGCGGGUCUUCCCAGUGCGCCGCCUGCUGCCCCUCCGCUCUGCUCCGGGCGACAGCGCAGGCAUCACAGCAAGGGAGGACGCUCCCCUAAUUUUCAACGAGGUGGAAUACUCCCCGGACGGACUCGCUGUGGUCAAGGCCGACCCGCUGCUGGCGUCCCACGAGCCCCACCUGCGCUACCGCUAUGCCCAGUUCCUCAAGCUCAAGAGGGCGCUGGAGCAGCACGAAGGAGGGUUGGAGCAGUUCUCCCGAGGGUAUGAGACGAUGGGCUUCACGCGGGAGAAGGACGCCAUAGUCUACCGCGAGUGGGCCCCUGCUGCCACAGCCGCCCAGCUAGUGGGUGACUUCAACGGGUGGAACGGCGAGUCGUGCUGGAUGGAGCGCAACCAUUUUGGCGUGUGGUCCGUGCGGCUACCAGACAGAGACGGCCGCCCGGCGAUCGCGCAUGGAUCGCGGGUGAAGAUUCGGCUGCAGAAGGGGGACGGCGGGUGGGUGGAGCGAAUCCCGGCUUGGAUCAAAUGGGCCACGGCUGAACCGGGGAAGAUGGGCGCGUGCUACGAUGGCAUCUACUGGGACCCUCCGGCCAAUGAGAAGUACCAGUUCAAGUGCCCUCGUCCCCCUAAACCCGAUGCCCCUCGCAUCUACGAGGCCCACGUGGGGAUGAGCUCGGAGGAGCCCCGAGUGGCGUCCUACGUGGAAUUCGCCAACUCGGUGCUCCCACGCAUCAAGGCCGCCGGCUACAACACCAUCCAGCUCAUGGCCGUCGCCGAGCACUCCUACUACGCCUCUUUCGGUUACCACGUUACCAACUUCUUCGCCGUCAGCUCCCGAUCCGGCACCCCGGAAGAUCUCAAGUACCUGGUGGACACGGCGCAUUCGCUCGGGAUUCGCGUGUUCAUGGAUUUGAUUCACUCGCAUGCGAGUAAUAAUGCGUCUGACGGGCUCAACGGGUUUGAUUUCGGGCAGUCGGCAGCCGAUUCGUAUUUCCACACGGGGGAGCGGGGGUAUCACAGGCUGUGGGACAGCCGGUGCUUUAAUUACUCGAACUGGGAGGUGUUGCGGUUCCUGCUCUCUAACCUCCGGUACUGGCUCGAAGAGUUUCAGUUUGAUGGGUUUCGCUUCGACGGUGUGACUUCUAUGCUGUAUCACCACCGGGGGAUCGGAAUGUCGUUUUCCGGUGAUUACCAUGAGUAUUUCUCCACGUCGACGGAUGUAGACGCGGUGGUUUAUUUGAUGCUUGCAAAUGAUUUGAUUCACGGGGUGCGGCCGGAUGCGACGACGAUCGCGGAGGAUGUUUCGGGCAUGCCGACGCUGGGCCUGCCGGUGCCGAUCGGAGGGGUGGGGUUUGAUUAUAGGCUUGCCAUGGCGAUUCCGGACCGUUGGAUCGAGUAUUUGAAGGAUCGGAGAGACGAGGAGUGGAGCAUGCGGGAGAUUGUGCACACACUGACGAACCGGAGAUACACGGAGAAAUGUGUUGCAUACGCUGAGAGCCACGACCAGUCCAUGGUGGGAGACAAGUCGUUCGCCUUCCUGCUAAUGGAUUCAGACAUGUAUUUCCACAUGUCCGUGCUUGAGAAGGCCACUCCUGCUGUCGAGAGGGGUGUUGCUUUGCACAAGAUGAUCCAUUUCAUCACCAUGGCGCUGGGAGGCGAUGGCUACCUCAACUUCAUGGGCAAUGAGUUCGGGCAUCCGGAGUGGCUGGACUUCCCUCGCGAGGGCAACAACUGGAGCUACGACCGCUGCCGGCGGAUGUGGCACCUCCGAGACGACAAGCUGCUGCGCUACCAGCACAUGAAUCGGUUCGACCGGGCAAUGAAUGCGCUGGAUGAGAAGUAUCACUUCCUUGCCGCGGACCAUCAGAUUGUGUCCAGUGCAGAUGAGAAGGACCGGGUGAUUGUGUUUGAGCGGGGAGAUCUCCUGUUCGUCUUCAACUUCCAUCCCACUAAAACCUAUGAGGGCUACAAGGUGGGGUGCAAGGAGCCUGGCAAGUGGCGAGUGGUGCUGGACAGCGAUGCCAUUGAAUUCGGGGGCCAGGGGCGGGUAGGCCAUGACGUGGACCACUUCACAUCGCCCGAAGGCAUUCCAGGCCGCCCGGAAACAAACUUCAACAACCGCUGCUGCUCCCUCCUUGUUCUCUCUCCGCCUAGAACCUGCCAGGUGUAUGCACGGGUAAAGGAGGAUGAACCCCCUUCCACUAAGCCUCCAGCAAAGAGCGCUUUCAAGUUCAUUGUGCCUCCCAGUCCGCUUCAGCUGAAGUGA